CAGAGAUUAAGCUUAGUUCAAGGAUGCCUGAUAGUGUCAAGUCGAUAGUGGUUCUCAUUGGUGGUGGGCAUGCUGCUGGGAAGAAAACCACUGCCGAGCUUCUUAAAAAUGAAGUUAAAGAUACAUUUCCUGAUAGUAAUCUUGAAAUAAUGGUGAUUGAUCUUAUAAAAUACAUUGAUCCUGAAUCUCUUCAGCGUUUUGAUUCUUACUCUAAAGAAGCCGCCAUUACUGUUCCAAAAGACGACGAUAAGAAAUAUCCUUCAUUGAAGCCAUCUAGAUUCAAUUUCGUGGAUUUGAAACAGGAUUUGAAAGAACACCUACAGACUGCUCCAAACGUACCUCAAAAACUUAUUAUAAUACAUGGUCUUUACGCAUUGUACGAUAAGGAAUUGAGAGACUUAUCUCAAAUGAAAGUAUUCAUGAGUAGCGAUCCUGAUACCAGACUCAUUCGUUGGAUUAGACGUGAUGUUUUGGACGCAAAAAAGGGUAUUAGCUUAGAACAAGUUAUAACAUCCUAUUUAUAUGGUGCCAGAGACGAAAUGAGUAACUUCAUAUUCCCAACUAAAGAAUUCGCUGAUGUUAUAAUGCCCAGAGGAGCAGAAUUGAACGCAAUCAGAUUAAUGGUGGAUGGUAUCAUUCCGUACUUUGCGUUUUCUGCUAAAAUUCCUGAUCGUUUGUCUUUCAAUUUACUAAGACCAUCUGAUAGUAAUGAUGUCUUCCGCUCUGAAAAAUUCGAUAAUGAGAAGGGUAAAUUUUACGAACUUAAUUGAACGACUUCUUAUGUAUACGUGAAAC